UUGGGAUAAUAGAGCUAGAGAGAGGAGAAACAGGAGUAGUAGUUGGUGGCGGUGCGUUUCAGUUUCGCAAGCAUCUUCUUUCCUCUGACCAAAAAACUGCUUCUCGAACCUUCCGCCGGAGAACCUCGCCGGCCGGCGUCGGCAGCGAUCCUCGAAUCGAUUUCAGCUCCGCAUCUCAGGUGGUUGACGGCGGAAUCGGUGGCGAAGAAAAUGGACGGAGGGUUUAAUAGCACGGAGAUGGAAUACAUAAGGAAGCACCAUCACCAGGAUUCCGUGGAGAAUCAGUGCGCCUCUGCCCUCGUCAAGCAUAUCAGAGCCCCAGUUCCUCUUGUAAUCAAUCAAUCAAUCAAUCAAUCAAUCAAUCAAUCAUCUUCUCCUCUUGUGUGGUCCUUGGUGAGGAGGUUUGAUCAGCCGCAGAGAUACAAGCCGUUCGUGAGUAAGUGUGUGGUGAGGGGAAACCUUGAGAUUGGGAGUCUUAGAGAGGUUGAUGUUAAGUCAGGGCUUCCUGCUACUACUAGUACUGAAAGAUUGGAGCACAUUGAUGACAAUGAGCAUAUCCUCAGAUUCAAGAUUAUCGGUGGUGAUCACAGACUUAGGAACUACUCGUCGAUUGUGUCCCUGCACCCAGAAAUAAUUGAUGGAAGGCCCGGUACCCUGGUAAUUGAAUCUUAUGUGGUGGAUAUACCCGAGGGGAACACCAAGGAUGAGACCUGCUACUUCGUUGAAGCCUUGAUUAAGUGCAAUCUCAAAUCACUUUCUGAUAUCUCAGAAGGGCUUGCUGUCCAGGACCUCACUGAACCAAUUGAUCGGAUAUGUGAGUUGUUGAUAAGAAGUGGCUGAGAACUUAUCUGCCACAGAUGAAUGGCAGCACUGCUUGUUCCAUCUGUUACAGAAUAGUAUGGUUGUUUAUUGAAUUUGCUCUGUUAAUUAUUAUCUCUGCUAUGUUUGCUGGUUUCUUCUCUCUUUAGUGGAGUUUAAAGGACAGAAUUUUAGACAGGUGCUUCAGCCUGAUCUACAUUACACGUUCAUGUUGUAUAUAGGUGCUGGUGAAAGCUAGUCUGUAAAAUUGUUUCAAUUGGUCAGUUGUAAUUUCUGGUUGCAGUAAAAUUUUGACAUCUAAAAGGAGGAUACUUGUAUAAAUGGAUCUCAACUGCUUCUGUGGUUCUAUAUCUAUUAGUAGUAUUUAGAA